AUGCCCCCACAGCAUCUCGACCAAGUCCUAGUCGAUGAUCCCAAACUCGCCGAAGGCCUAACAGCUUUUGGAGAGUUCCUCAGAACGAGCUACUUCUAUCCAUCCGGCUCAUACGAGAAAUGCGAGGAUUCCCGCGCUCCAAAUGCAUGGGCAACCAUCAGUAAGAAGUUUGACCCAUUCAUCAAGCGAGGCAUGGACGAAAAGAACUACAAGUACUUCUCCAUAAUACGCGUCACAGCAACCUCGUCGGCUUAUUUUGAGCUGGCGGAUGAGGAAAUAGCCGCAAUCAUUCCUGUCAGGGUUAUUCCAGGAACCACGCCGCAGGUUUCGUGGAAGCCGCUCGUUCCGGGCUAUGUGACUUAUGUGAAUCGCGAUUUCCAGGUUUCGGCGGCGUUGGAUUUUGUGUUGGUCACGACUUGA